GCCGAAUUAAGCCUAUGGCAAAGCAACGUACCUGACAGUGUUUGCAAGGUACUAGACAAGAGAUGUGGCCGCCAGCGCUCCAAGAUCACGAUGGUUCCCACGGCGAGCGCGGCAUCGCGCAGCCAUUGCAAGUGGUACUGAUCCCGUCCAUGAAUGCCUGCAGCUCCGAGGACGGCAGUGGCGCUUGUUCGCGUACGCAAUGGACUGCUUGUGGCCUUGAUUUCCUUCACUUUGCACUGCCACUCACUGCAUGGGGUCUGUUUCUGUCGCUGACCGUCGCCUUUGUGCUCUACACACGCAUGUGGGAAGAGUUUCGGCUCCAAAUCGACGACCUUCACGACAUUCCGGCACAAGCACUGGGUAUCGUUGCCGCCCGGCAAAAGCACAUCGUACUGGGUCGCAAGAUCAAGGAUCCGCGCCGGCUCCUCACACUCGCAGCGAUGUGGGCCGAGCUACCAGGCUUCAGCUACCUCCCACUUCAGCUGCUACACUACGACUUCACCGGCACCCUGGCUUUUCCUACGUCUUCUGCCACCGAGGUGUAUCGGGCUGCGCUGCUGACGGGGCUCUUUUUAUUUCUCAUGCUGACCACAUGCGUUCGGCUGCGAUGCGUUCUCGUUCUGCGCGCUAAGGUUCUCCUUCCGUGCCUCUACGAUGCGCUCUAUCUCGUAUACAUGUACGCGAUUCUCGGUAUUCUCUCGUGCGCGGAGCCACUGGAUGGUUUUGUCGUUGCGGGCGCAACGUGCGCGUGCGGCGACCGCGUCUGGCCAACUGCGGGCGCUGGUGCAUUGGUCUUCAGCCUCUUCUACCUCACCGCCCUGGUCUACAAAGUCCAACUCACAGACGAGGUGUUUGCGACACAGUUUCGAUACCAAACGUCGUUCUCAUCGCUCAUGACAAUGACUCGUACCGCGUGUUGUCUGCAGUACAUGACAGCGACACUCCUACUGUCCCGGGACAGUGGUGUUCACAAGACGUCUAUCAACCUCAUUUUUGGUUGCGUGAACGGAUUCAUUAUGGCUUGCUUGCUCCGGUACAACUACCGCUACCAGCCCUGUUUGGGGUCGGGACGAUUUCCCAACAGCUUGCGAUCACUUUCGUUCUCAACAUCGUGCUAUGUAUCGUACGUGCUGGUACUCGUCGAGCUUAUCGCACCCUCCAACGGGACGAAGACCGUCGUCGUUGGAAUUGCUUGCGCUUGCUACCCGCUCAUUGCCGUGAUUUUGUGGCGUGUAAACUCCAAGCGGGCGAACUACUUCCACAUACCCAGCCUGCCGCUCGUAGAGUUGCUGAGCCAUAGCAACUACCGCGUGCGUACGGUCGCUGUCGUCAGUGUCGUACUCGAAGACCACACGAAGUGGCGCGCGCAGCAGCUUUUGCACAUCGUGACUCUUCUGCAGCAAUGUUUACUUGUCCCGGCGGGCGUCGAGGGCGGCCUCUUGGUGGCGUACACGUGCCAAGCUCUGUGGCACCUCGACAACGUUCAUUGUCUUCCUCAUCAAUCACUCGAAGAUUCGCCUCCGUUCGUGCCCAAAGGUCUCUGGCUCGGCCGUGAUCCCGUCGAGCGUCGCCGAUCGAGCAUAUAUGACCCCAAUCGAUCGCAUGACAUUGUUGAACGCAACGCAACGCGCAGCUCGGCAACAAUGACAACAUCGUCCGUCGUGCCCCGCCUGUCAAGUGCACUCACGAUUCAGUGCAUCGCAACUCGUCUUGACGAGACCGCUUUGGUACCAAUCUUGCAGCACGCGCUCGGGAAGGCCAUCUCUAUCUUCGACGCACCGUUCGUAAAGGCGCGAGCCGUCGUCGCCAAGAUGCUCCAAGAAAUGUACGUGAACGGUGCCGUGCGUCUGUCCUUACCCACGUAUCUCCACGUGCUCUGCACGCUUUGUGUGCACCACCGGCAAGAUGUCGUUGCGGCCGCGGCUGCAUCGCUCGGCCACAUUGUGACAGUCGUUCCUCGCCGUGAAUGGGGUCCCAUCAUCUGCGACCGGCAUAAGCUUGCGCCGCUUGCUGCACUUUUAGUCCAUCACGCUGGAGUUGCACCGGCUUUGCUCAGCGACACAAUUAUCGGCCGCAUUCUUACGCAUGCCAUGGACCGCAUUCUGAACAACAUCACGGAGCGCGAUCCGGCCACGUACUGGUCAAACCAGUUUAUCACACACAUGACGAUGGCAUGGCGCCACUGGGAGCACAGCUACACCUUGAGCAUUGCUCUAGAAGACGUUUUGCUAAAGAUGCAUCGAGCAAGUGUCACGUACCAUGCUACGCUGCGUCGACCUGAGCCGUCGCCUCUGCCCCGUGUCCGAUCUGUGGGGACUGGUCUUUCCGCGGGUGACAUCAAGACAGUAUCACCGUCGCAGACUCGGCACUCAACGCUAACAAAGGCGCAUCAGAAACGCAGUUUUCCAGGACUCAUGGUAGCGACGGCGAAGCGAAGUUUCGGCUCGCUGCAGCUGCGACAUCGGGGCGCGAAAGGCAAGCUAUCGUUGCAGCGAAUGGCGCAGGCAUUUCGCCACGGCAGUGUCGUGCCGCAAGCGAUUCUAAAGGAGAUUGCACUUCGACGCGACUUGCGCAAGGAGCUUAUGACACACUUGAAGCUGGUUCUGACGGAAGGCCUAUCAGCACAGCAGCUACCACAAGUGUUCUCACCUCUCGCGCGCAGUGCACUCACCGAGGCAGUGUGUUUGUUGCACACACACCGCCGACUUCGAGACCACAUCGAGCACGCGCUUUCGUCCGCUGAGAUGCGUUACGUGCGCUUCCUCGAGAGCUGGGAGACGAUGCGCCAAAAAGCACUUCCCUUCUUCACGGACGCGAGUCUCCGCGCGUCCAAGCACCGUGUCGCACCCGAGAUCGCGGCCAUUCUCAUUGCGAAGCGGUCGCGCUUUGCAGGUCCCCGCAUCCCCGAUGCAACGUAAACCGAUGUCAUGUAACACCAGUGCAAUUACAAUGGGUGCAGACGGUCAGAUAGCUAGCUGAUCAGUGCAGACUCGUCGCCAUAGUUUGUACUAGAAUCAUGUACUGUGAGUAUGCAUGUACCAGUAAACGGC